AUGGCAGGCCAGCAGCACCAAGGCAAAGUCAAGUGGUUCAACUACAAGCGUGGUUAUGGCUUUAUCAGGGACCACAGUACAAAGACAGACGUCUUUGCACACUUCUCCGGCCUCAAGCGGUCCCUACAAAAACGUCUCCUCCGUGAAGGAGACAAGGUAGUCUUCACCGUCCACGGGGGAGACAAAGGACCGGAGGCCCGAGACACCGUGAAGACCAGCAGUGCUUCACACCCGAAGCCACCCCUCAGGACGUGGGAUGUGGAAGCCAAGAUAUCGGCUUGCAUCGGCGCCGCAAAAGUCCUUGCCGGCACCAACACCCGUCGUCUUCAAGUUCUCAUUCCUCUCCUGCUGACGCACAAUGGCCUACCCACUAUAAGGAUUCCACCACAAGCCUUCGGAACCUUAUACCCAAACACAGCAAAACCACCGAGGGUCCACCAGCCGUCUCGCCAAGACAAAGUCCAACCUCGCCGCGAAGACCCACAGGAAGAGGUUGAGACUGUCGAGGAAGACGAGGAAGGAGAGGACGAGCUUGUCGAUGUGGAAGGGAGCGACUCCGGCCAACCACUUCUGCCCAUCGAGCCUCCACCAGCAGAAGAAGUUGCAGGCUGGAAAACACCAAAGAGGAAUAAUAAGAACAAGAACUCCACCUCAACAACACCUGCAGCCGAAGCUGUGCCAACUCCCCAGCCAAGCCCACAGAGUGAGACGACCGAUCAAGAACAAACGGAGGAACCGCACACACUCCAUUACCUCCUGAGAAAGAAGAAUCCAGGCACCAAAGACACACCACCAAACAAAAUAACCUUCUCGGACAUUAUACAGAAGGGAUAUGUUAAAAAGAACCACAUAGACUCAAAGAAGCAGACAUCCACCCAGAAGACAGUCCGCCAACUCGCCCGCCAUGGAGGACUCGCAACAUAG